AAUACGUGUUGCAUAAGGAAGUGACGUAGUAUUGAUACUGUGGUGAAGUGACCUAUCAUCCCAAUAAAAGUUCCAGCAGCUGGUUGACCAUGGACACCCUGUCCGGCCACAGCUCCUACCUCCUCCAGCAGCUCCAGGAGCAGAGGAUUCAGGGGCUUCUCUGUGACUGCAUGCUGGUGGUCAAAGGUGUCUGCUUCAAAGCCCACAAAAAUGUCCUGGCUGCUUUCAGCUCCUAUUUCAGGUCUUUGUUCCAAAACUCUCCCAGUCAAAAGAGCGACGUGUUCAACUUAGUGAUCCAGGAUGUCAGCGGCAUCGGCCAGAUACUGGACUACAUGUACACCUCCCAUAUCGACAUUAAUCAGGAUAAUGUACAAGCGCUCCUGGACAUUGCUCAGAGUCUGCAGGUUCCAAAUGUGCAGAGCAUGUGCAAUGCUUUCCUGAAACCUUGCCCACCUCCUGUAGAGAUGCCUUCGUUUGCGCUGCCAGGCAUGCUGAGCUCAGAGCACGACUGCCUUUUGGGGAGUAAUCUGCCUCACGAUGUUGACCUCCACUGUCCGUCUGAUCCCCAGAGGUCCAGCUUUUAUAGUGACAUGGAUCACACAAGGAGGAUGCCAGUAACUGUGUCUAACAACAGCUCAGCAUGUGACAUACAAAGCAGCUCCCAUGCCCCAGCAGAAAAGCAGCUUGUUCAGGGUUACAAACUCCGCAAUUUCUACAGUAAGCAGUACUUUAAGCAAAGUGCAAUACAAUAUAACAAUGCAAAUCAAGGCCCAGGUCCAUUGGUAUUGGUGGAAGAGCAGCAAGGUCAGCUGGGAAUGAGCCAGGGUGGCAAUAACGCUCCUGUGAGUUUAGGAAACACAGUUCAGCCUACCCCACCGUGUACAGCUGUAACAGUGGAAAAAAAUGCUGCCUCUUCUUUGACACCCUCAAAUAAUUUAAACACCCCUACCUGUGAGUCAGAGGACUCCACCAUCAAUAAGCCUGUCCGGCCAAAAAAGGCAGUUUACCUGAAGAAAUACAACUACCUCCGGUCUCAGAAAGCUUUAGAGGAGAUGUGCACUGAGUCGGUCACCAAGCCCAUUCUCAGCUGUCCCAAAGAGAGCCAUCAAGGGGAGCCUGUUGCCCAGGCUGAAGCUCCAGAUGAAACUCCAGAAGCCCCCAUAGGCAGCAGCCCUCUGGGAAGAGAGGGGUGUUCUGAGGCAGCAGACACCCAGCUUCCCAGUCCUCCACCUGAAAACCAAGAGGAGCAAAAUUUGAAGCCUCAGCCAGAGCCUCCUCAGCAAGGAGGGCACAAGCAGUACUGCUGUGAAGUGUGUGGGAAGAUCUUCAAACAUCCGAGCAACCUGGAGCUCCACAAGCGCUCUCACACUGGUGAAAAGCCAUUUCAGUGUAAUAUUUGUGGCAAAAACUUUUCUCAGGCAGGGAACUUACAGACCCAUCUGCGGCGACAUUCUGGAGAGAAGCCGUACAUAUGUGAGCUAUGUGGUAAAAGCUUCACUGCAUCAGGGGAUGUCCAACGUCACAAAGUGGUUCACACAGGAGAGAAGCCACAUUUGUGUGAUAUAUGCGGCCGAGGAUUUAAUAAUUUGAGCAAUCUCAAGGAGCACAAGAGGACUCAUGCAACAGACAGGACAUUCACCUGUGACCAGUGUGGAAAGUCCUUUAACACACACAGAAAGCUGCUGAAGCACAAGGUCCGCCACACUGGAGAAAAACCCCACAGCUGUGCCACUUGUGGGAAGUGCUUCAUUGGCUCAGGAGACCUUCAGCGCCAUAUACGAUCACACACUGGUGAGAAACCCUAUAUCUGUGAUACCUGCGGAAAGAGCUUUACCCGCUCUGCCAUGCUGAGGAGACACAGCAAUAUGCACUGUAAGGGGCCCCCUGUCUCAAGCCCGGCCACGGACAGCCCUGAGCAGACUCAAAACUCAGAUGGACCAGCCUCAUUCGCUAAACCUCUCAGCCAGAAUAAACCAAUAGCUGCCACCACUGAGCAGCACUUCUCUGCUAUGAUUCCCGACACAGACUUAGGGAAAGCCUCUUCAUGUAGUCCUCCACCAACACAAGCAAUACAACCUUUAGAGACUCCAGGUCCCAGCAUGCACCUUAGCCCAGCACUUACCUCCCUUCCAGAGCUGCGCUCCCUGGUUCCCCAUCACCUCCUUACAUCCAGCCACCAGGAGAGAGGCGCAGCUUUGCUACCUGCAGACCGCAUAAAGCUGAACAAACCGACUCAGGAGGCUGUGUAUGGUCCGUAUGUGGAAAACGGGAAUACAUGUAUUGACAGAGACCCUGCAGGGAGACCCUACCUGCCUCCCUCAGACAAUCACUGCAGUUCCUUCACAGGGUCCAGCAGGCCCUACAGGUCGAGUGAAGGUCAGUUUAUCUCCAGCGUGACUCUGUGGGGCCUGGCAAUGAAGACUCUGCAGAAUGAGAACGAUAAUGACAUGGAGCAGUGAAUUAUUGCAUCUGUUUCAACUAGGAAUAGCUAAGCCACAAUUAAAAGUUGCUCUCUUUAAAGUUAGCUUUAUCACAUAAACAGAUGCUUUUAUCUGAAAGAAAAUGUAUAAUAGGGCUAAUACAGGUCACUGAACUCAUGAAAUAAAGUAUAACCUUUUAAACGUCUGGGAGUUGUACUUAAAACUUGAAAUUAAACCAAUAAAUUGAUGUAGCCCUUUAAAUACAUGGUUUUCCUGUCAUAAUCCAGUCUGAAAAUGAACCUGCAGAUGUUUACUCUAUGUCAGCUCGCAAUGGACACCCACUACUCAUUAGGAUGUGCCAAAAACAUUUAACACUUUAGUCAUCUACUUUAGGAUGAAUUACUGUUCUAUUAGCACGAAAGCCUGUAACACAGCAGAAAUGUUUAACUUUUAUAUACAGCAUUGCACUUUAAAAUCAUUGCUUAAAACACAGAUGUAUUUUCAUGUAAUAUUGAAUUAUAUUCAGUUAUCAAUAAACCAGCUAUGCUUUA